UGGGUAGUAAUAACACAAUUUACAUUAAAAGUUGAAAAUGUGAAGAAUAUAGCUGUACAUCUACUGCAAAGUUGUAGACGUACAGCUUUUGCAGACAUAGUCAUCUCCUUUGGCCUUUUGGUUGCUAAGGCCCAGUUGGAGACUACGGGGGCCCUGAAUCAGCUCUUAAGAUGUGUCAUUGGAUUAGUAUGUGAGCAUCUGCGUUUAGCCUUCUCCAGUUGCCAGAGAACACCUUGAGAAGUGUAGCUCAUGUAGAGGUCUCUUGACGAAGCCGUCUUCAUGGUGCGAUUUCAUGACUUUAUUCUUUAGGAUGAAGCAUGUAAGGAUACCACAUUUGCUACUACUGUUUGUGUUUGUGCAUGCCUGCUUUGCACAAGCAGAUUUUGCUCCAUAUUUCUACGACAAUGGACCCUACAGUUACAAUGGAAACCUGGCCUUGUUCAGCCUCUCAGAGGACACUGCUGUUGGUACACAAAUUUAUCGUCUUAAUGGCACAGAUCCUGAAGGCCAAGAGGUGAGGUACGGCCUUUCCUUUGAUCCAGGGUCCAAAGAGUACUUCAGCGUCGACUCCAAAUCUGGAAACAUUACAUUAGUAGAAAAGCUGGACAGAGAGAAACAAGACUCUAUUGAUGUUCUUGUCAGCAUCACUGAUGGGCAAAGCAAGGUUGUGGAAAGAGUGACAAUAUUUGUAAUGGAUGCAAAUGAUGAAAAGCCUGAAUUCCAAAACAUGCCUGCGAUCAUUGAUGUACUGGAAACAACAGAGUCUGGAAUCAGUAUCUACAAAGUUGAGGCAGUGGACAGAGACACAGGCUCAGGGGGCUCGGUCACCUACUACCUACAGAGUGCUCAGUCCACUCUGUUUGCCAUCGACAGACACAGUGGAGUCCUUCGUGUCAAAUCUGGAGAAAUGCUGGACUAUGAGAAAGCAAAGACACACUUUGUCAUUGUUAUUGCAAAGGAUGGUGGUGGUAGCUUUAAUGGGAAGGAGCAGUUUAUGUCCUCCUCUGCUACCCUGACAAUUAAUGUGAUUGAUGCUCAAGACACUCUGCCAUCUUUCAUUGGGACUCCCUACUUUGGCUAUGUUUACGAAAUCUCAGUACCAGGAUCUGAAAUAUUCACUGUUGAGGCCAGAGAUGGUGAUGUGGGGAACCCAAAUCCAGUCCGUUAUUCAUUCGAUGAUGGUGAUGACGGUGUUUUUAGUAUCAAUAAAACAAGUGGUUGCAUCACCCUGUUGACUCUCCCCAUUUAUCUGAAGAGAGAAAUCUUCAACAUUAAAGUCAGGGCUUCAGAAGUAAGUCCCGAAGGCAGACUCAUGGACUAUGAGGUCACCACAGUGGUGAUCCGUGUUGUGGACCUAAAUAACAAUCCGCCUACUUUCUACGGAGAGAACGGCCCACAGAGCACGUUUGAGUUGACCAUGUAUGAGCAUCCACCCGAGGGAGAGAUCCUCCGGGGGCUGAAAAUCACCGUCAAUGACUCUGAUCAGGGUGCAAAUGCUAAAUUCAACCUGAGACUGAUUGGACCAGGAAGAAUGCUGCGAGUUGUCCCUCAGACUGUACUCAACGAGGCCCAAGUCACAAUCUUAGUAGAAGACUCUGCUGCCAUGGACUAUGAGAAAUACCACUUUCUAACAUACAAGCUCCUUGCGGUUGAGAUCGACACACCAGAGAAAUUCAGCGCUACAGCGGACAUCGUCAUUCAUCUCCUGGACACCAAUGACAACGCUCCCAAAUUCUCUUCAGAUUACUACAUUGCCAGAAUUCCAGAAAAUUCACCCGGUGGCUCCAAUGUGGUCACAGUCACGGCAUUUGACCCAGACUCAGGACCUUGGGGUGAAGUGAAGUACUCUAUCUAUGGAUCAGGGGCUGAGCUGUUCCUGAUCAAACCUGACUCUGGGAUCAUCUACACACAGCCGUGGGCAAGCCUGGAUGCUGAGGUGAGGUCCAAGUAUAACUUCUAUGUGAAGGCAGAGGACACAGAGGGGAAAUACAACCUGGCUGAAGUCUUUGUGACUGUGUUGGACUUGAAUGACCACUCUCCUGCUUUCUAUGAUAACUUCCUUGAGAAGACCAUGGUGAUUGGAGCUCCAGUGAAAAUAGAGGCUGUGGAUGAUGAUGCAGAGGUCCCCAACAACGUUAUCGAGUAUGCCAUCAUGAAAGCUGAGCCAGAAAACAAUAUCUUUGACAUUAACGCUGAUACAGGCGAGAUCAUGCUGAAGUCCUACAUCAAGUCAAUGGCCAUCAUUCAGAACAUCACCAAGAAGAGAGACUGCACCUGGUCGCUGGUGGUGCAGGCUCGUGACCGAGGCCAUCCAUCCCUCACCACCACCGCCGUCGUCAAGAUUGACAUCACUGAAGCUACUCAACUCAAAGGGGGGCCUUUGGGAUCAUUUUUAAUGCAGAAUAGAAACAAGCCUUUGCAAAUCCUAGGUAUGCUUGCUGGUAUCAUUAGUCUCAUGAUCAUAGUGACAGUCCUCAUCUCCACCGCAACAUUCAUGCGCAACAAAAAGUCCAACCGGAUCCUGCCCAAUCGCCGUGUGAAGAGAAGGCUGAAGACACAGCACACCUGGCUUUUUAAAAACCCCUUAAAGAGACCCGAAAGGAACGAACAGAAAUUUAAGGUUAAAGAGGAAGAGCGGGAACCAGAGGUAAUCGUGGAGAAUGUCAACCACAACAACAAUGCUGGCAGGAUUUUGAGACAGUGGCCACCGCCACCGCCACCCUGUGCACCUCCACCAGCUUUUUGCCUCCCGGUGGAGAGGCAGUGGGUCAUUCCCACAGUCUCAGCAACCGUGGCACCCAAACCUCUAAAGAAGGCAGUGGUGACCAGGCAGGACUCUGUGAGCAAAGCGCUGGUUUCAGAGCUCAAGAUGAGGCUGGAGCAGAAGAGAAAGUCAGAUCAUUAACACUAUUUAAUCAAGGUUCUAUUUUUACUCUCAGACCUGAGGCCAUCUCAAGAACUUAGAAAGGACAGACAAUCAGACAGAGUUUCGUUAAGUCCUGUGUGAUGAUAAAAAGCUCCAGAGCAGCCAGCAAAUGAACCUGAAGGUGGGAUUGUUCGGUAGACUGAUGCUUUCAUAACCUACAUGAACAGUGCUUUGUGUGUGUGUGUGUGUGUGUGUGUGUGUGUGUGUGUGUGUGUGUGUGUGUGUGUGUGUGUGUGUUGAAAUAUACUGAAACAACAAAGAGCUUCACUCCUUGUAAAUCAACAACACAAUUUUUAUUAAAACAGAAAAACAUUCCUGGCAUGUUUGUCAUUAUUCAAACCAUGUUUUCAGUUCACACCCUUUGGCUUUUGUAUGACUCUGAAACAAUUAGAUCCCCCUUAUUUAUGUGGUGACACACCAAAUUUAAUAUUCCUGAACGCAAACCUGGUUUUGGAAAUGAAGUCAUUCAGAAUUCAACAAAUGAGACUGUUUGUUUAGGAUCUAUCCAAGCUCCUUACAAGAGAUUUCAUGACACUUGAACUCUAUGACAAGAUCAGCCCAGGUGAAGGAGACCAAGUGAUCACAUAAGAAGGGCCUUUAAUCCGACUCUGCAGGUGUGCUGUACUGUUUGGAUCACUGUUUUGUAGCAGCUGCCAUAUGUUUAUUUUCUGGGUUCUUCUGUUUUCUAUGUGGCAUAUUUUGGGAAUUUACUACUAAUAAAAGCACAUUGUUUUUCCAAAUAAAGGCAGUUUUAGUUAAAUAAAGUAAUAACACACGUAGCAACAUUAAAGUUCUCCCUAAACUAUAUUAUCAAAU